AUGGCAAACUGGAAGCUUCCCCGGAAGCUUUGUGAGUCUAUGCAAAAAUUUAUUAGGAAGUUUAGGUGGGGAUCAGAUGGGGAAUCUGCAAAAAUUAGUUGGGUUAAAUGGGAUGUUUUGAGCAAGGCAAAGCAGGAAGGGGAUUUAGGGUUUCGGAAUUUUGAUACAUUUAAUAUGGCUUUAGUGGCUAAGCAGGGAUGGCAGUUUCAAACUACUCAACAGAGGUUAGCUUUUAAGACUCUCAAAGCCAAAUACUUUAGAAAUUGUUCCUUUUUGGAUGUGCCUUUGGGAUCAAAUCCAUCAUGGGCUUGGAGAGGUAUUUGGUCUUCACGGUCUCUCUUGGGCUCUGGAGCCCGGUGGGUGGUGGGUAAUGGUCGUUCUAUUAAUAUUUGGCAGGACCGGUGGGUACCGGGUAUUUCUGGCCUUCUGCCUCGUCCAGAGGUUGGGGGACUUUCCCACUAUGGUGCAUGA